AUGCACCCACCAAAAAAGCAUAUAUACAAAGAAGAAAAUAAAGACAACACCUUCAAGCGGGAAAUCCCGGAACGUAUUCAUGGUGAUCUCCUUGACAAACUCCCUCAGCUCAUCAGCCACCCCGUACAUCUCCAGAUCGGCGGCCUCGACGCCGCCGCUCUGGGAGGCGGACGAGUCGACGAGACCGGACAGAGCGGCGGCGGCGGUGGCGGCGGGCGGGAUGUGAGCCGUGAUCUGAUCAGCGCGCUUGAGGGCCUCGGCCGCGAGCUCCUUGGAUUUCUUGGAGGCCUCGGCGGCAAGCUCCUUCGAGCGCUUGGAGGCCUCGGAGACGACGUCGGCGAGGUUGGCGGAGGCGAUGCCCUGGGUGAGCUCCUGCGAUUUCUUGGCGGCAUCCUCGGCGAAGCUGCGGGCCCUCUGCCAGAAAUCCAUCGCGCGUUUGGGAAUCAGACGAAAAUCGGACUAACUAUUAUUGGUUGGAUUAAUUCCAUGUCCUCAAGGAUGACACCCAUUCUCACUGAAAGCCAAUGA